AUGAUGCAAGACACCAAGGCUUUCCCCGGAAGGGACAUUGAGCGUGAAACAGGCCCCGAAGCUAUUCCCGUCAAAAAAGUACGGAGUCAACAUGGUUCUGUGGUGCCCGGAGCCAUCCAAGCUCUAGACUGGGAUGGUCCAAAUGACCCUGACAAUCCCAUGAACUGGCCGACUGGCAAGAAGAUCUUGCACACGGCGAUACCAGCUCUAUACACCUUUGCCCUUACGACAGGUAUUUCUACCCUCGUCGCCGGUAUCCCGUCCAUUAUGCUCCAAUUCGACAAAAGCCGAAACCUCGCCCUCCUCCCAGUGUCCCUCUACACCGCCGGCUUCGUCUCCGGACCAACCAUCGCUGCUCCCAUCUCAGAACUCCAUGGCCAUCGAAUCAUCUACCAAGCCACCUUUGUCCUCCUCGUCGUCUUCAAUGUCAUAGCCGUGGCGUCGGACAACUUCGUCACGCUAGUAAUCUUCCGUUUCCUAGCCGGACUCGGAGGUUCCGGCGUCAUGGCCGUCGGCGCCGGCACGCUAUCGGACUUGUGGGAUCCGAGGGAGGUCGGCCGGGUGGGGGUCGCGUACGUCGUGGCUCCCUUUCUUGGGCCGAGUAUGGGACCUCCUAUCGGGGCUUACGCGGUUGCCCAGUAUGACGACUGGAAGUGGACGGUCUGGGUUGUCCUUUGCAUCUUGGCACCUGUCGGCACUGGAAUCUUGUUUAUAUCCGAGACCUCUAAGCCGAGGGUCCUUUACCUGCGGGCAAAGAAACGCGAUGACAAAGUUAGAGGCGAAGGUCUAGCCGCGGAACUGAAGAAGAUGGCCAAGGCAAUGACGAAGCCACGGCACAUCCAGUCUCUCUUCCUCGGCCUGUAUACCGGCUACAGUUUUGCCAUGAUGUUCUCCUUCUUUGGCUCUUACGCAUACGUAUACUCAAUGGUCUACGGUUUUGAUACCCGGCAAAUAGGACUUUGUUACAUCGCAGUUAUUGUUGUUCACUGGAUCAUCCCCGUGCUAACUGGUGUCCCCUUUGGAUGGGGCACCAUCGCGAGUUUCCUCGCUUGUCUAGCUUACAUAGCCGUGACAUAUGGUCCAGCUGACAUGGCAUCUGCCGUUGCAGCUAACGUCAUCGUGCGGAUGCAUUGGGAGCGGUUUUUCCCAUGUUCAUUAUCCAGGUUUACGAGGGCUUGGGUUCACUGGGCUGGCACCUUGUUUGCUUUCAUCAGUCUGGCCUUUAUCCCUGUGCCUUGGCUGCUCUUCUGGAAGGGAAAGGAGUUGCGAAAGAGGAGCUACUAUGAGGCCAGUCCCUACUAG